GGUCCGUGCCUGAGCAUGCGUGGGCAGCAGCGCGCAGGCGCGGGACGGUUCGCGCAGGCGCUGUGCGCGGUUGCCGCGGUUCGCGGGUCCACCGGGGUUCCGGCAUGCCGGGCCGGCGUCUUGUUGCCGCCUCCCGGUUACCCUCGCACCAUGGAAGGCCUACGUUGCCUGCCCAGGCUGCUGCCCCGCGCCGUGCAGUCCCGGCGGGCCCUCUGUGUGGCGCGCCUGAGCCACGCUGCCUGCUGCGGUCGUGCGACCCCGCUGCUCGCCCGGAGCCCGAAGGCGCUGAGCUUGCCCCGCGCUGCAGGUGAUGUUCACCGGUCUAGAACCUCCGAUGCCUCUCAAGCUACCUUAGCCAGCGUGGCCCAGGUGUUUGCUGUGACAAAGUUUGACAAAGAAGGAAAUGUUACCUCUUUUGAGAGGAAGAAAACUGAACUGUAUCAUGAAUUAGCACUCCAGGCCAGAGACUUGAGGUUUCAACAUGUAAUGAGCAUCACGACCAGGAACAACAGGAUUAUCAUAAGGAUGGAGUAUUUGAAGGCUGUGAUAACUCCAGAGUAUCUUCUGAUACUAGAUUAUCGGAAUUUAAACCUGGAGCAGUGGCUGUUCCGGGAACUGCCAUCCCAGCUGGCUGGAGAAGGUCAGCUUGUCACAUACCCGUUGCCGUUUGAGUUCAGAGCUAUUGAAGCACUCCUGCAGUAUUGGAUCAACACCCUUCGGGGAAAACUUAGUAUCCUGCAGCCACUGAUCCUUGAGACCCUGGAUGCAUUAGUGGACCCCAAGCACUCCUCUAUUGACAGAAGCAAGCUGCAUGUCCUACUUCAAAAUGGCAAAAGUCUCUCUGAGUUAGAAACAGACAUUAAAAUUUUCAAAGAGUCAAUUUUGGAGAUUUUGGAUGAGGAGGAGAUGCUGGAAGAACUCUGUCUAACCAAGUGGAGUGACCCACAGGUCUUUGAAAAGAGCAGUACUGGGAUUGACCAUGCAGAGGAGAUGGAGCUGCUGCUGGAAAACUACUACCGGUUAGCUGAGGACCUUUCCAAUGAGGCUCGGGAGCUUCGGGUCCUGAUUGAUGACUCACAGAGCAUCAUCUUCAUCAAUCUAGACAGCCACCGCAAUGUGAUGAUGAGGUUAAAUCUGCAGUUAACCAUGGGAACCUUCUCUCUUUCACUCUUUGGACUAAUGGGAGUUGCUUUUGGCAUGAAUUUGGAAUCUUCCCUUGAAGAAGAUCACCGUGUGUUUUGGCUGAUUACAGGGAUUAUGUUUAUGGGAAGUGGCCUCAUCUGGAGGAGGUUGCUUUCUUUCCUUGGAAGACAGCUGGAAGCCCCUUUGCCCCCUAUGAUGGCCUCCUUACCUAAAAAGACCCUUCUGGCAGAUAGAAGGAUGGAAAUGAAAAACAGUCUCAGGCCAGAAGGACUCGGAGCAAGCCGAACUGUCCUGGCAAGCCGCUAACAGCAACUUGUUAUGCUUCUGAAGCUCUUAUCUGGGGAGGGAAAGACACCUGUUGUUUAGAUU